CAUAAAAUAGGAGAGGUACAAAUGGAUGCGAGCAUAGUAGAUGGUUUCAAAUCAGAAUGUGGAUCUGUAGCUGCAAUAUCAGACAUAGAGCAUCCAAUAUCUCUUGCCAGAUAUGUUUUGGAUAAUUUUCCCAACUCUAUCGUAGUAGGAGAAGGUGCAAGAAAAUUAACAAGACUUGCAAAAUUAAAUUGGCUAUCAAAAGGAAAUAUGACAGCACCUAUGGCACAUUUAGCUUACAAUAAAUCGCAAGAAAUAGGCAGUUCUGAUAUUAAUUUGGAUAUCGAAGAUCACCAGUUAUUGAACAUAUUAGGAAGUAAAUUGUAG